CGCAACCAUCCACGACUUGGAACAGUGUCUUGACAGUGUCCUCGACGACAGCGUACUGAGACUUGUUCUGGCCGCUUGUUAGAAAGUAGAACCUAUCAUACCACGAGCCAGAGCUUACGCCCACUUCGACCUGGAUGGCACUCUGUUUCGCGUACUACUGUUCCGGUCAUGGCUACGGACACGCCACUCGCGUCUCUGCAUUUACGUCCAGCAUUCUUCAUCUCUCGAAUUCGAUCUCGGUCCACAUAGUAUCCUCAGCUCCAGCCCAUGUCUUCAGCGAUAGCAUCAAAGCGGGAGCGCAUUACAGGUAUGCUGAGAUCGAUCCGGUGGUCGUUCAGCCCGUAGCAUACCGAGUAGACCGCCGGAAGAGCGUGGAAGUCCUUCGAUCGUUUCUGGGCAAAAAGGAUCAGAAAGUGGCCGAAGAAGUGGAAUGGCUUCGUGAUAUUCAGGCAGACGCUGUCCUGUCCGAUGCGGCAUUUCUGGCUUUUCUAGCCGCCAAUAAGGCCCGUCUCCCUUCGAUUCUCGUCACAAACUUCACAUUCGACUCUGUCUAUAGCUACCUCUCCGCUGUGUUCGUCUGUCAAUCACCUGCCGCUGCCAUGCACGCCGAUCCCAAGGCUUCGACGUCUCCAGCCUUACCAGAUGAUACACCUAUCUCAGACGAGGAGCUCUGGCCUCUUGUAUCCCAGCUUGAAGAAGGCUAUCUCAAAGCCGAUCUGCUCCUACGUCUCCCAGGUGCUAUUCCUAUCCCCGGAUUUGCUCGUCGUGCUGCUCUUCCUGCCCCAGACUGGGUCGAUCCGGCCUCCAUGACAUUCAGCAUAUCAAUCAAGGAACAUCUCUUCCAGGAUCCAUCUUCAUGGGAACUCCAUCCUUCCACUCCUUUUGCGCCUUCAUCACAGCCUUCUCAACAUAUACCCAAGUCAAUUCCUCGCAUCGCCAAGGCUGCUCCGCUCCUAGUUCGUCAAACUACUUCGGACGUAUAUACCCCAUCCGGUCGUGCUCGUAUUCUUUCCUCUAUUGGCGUCCCACCGCACCUUCAUGAUGCCUCCAGGACAAAGAUACUCGUCGUGUCCUUCGGCGGGCAGGUCAUUCAUAAACCUCAACGGAGUCGCACUGGUUCUCGUCAACCGUCUACCAGCGGGACGCCCAUGCUCCAUGACCAUAAUCACUCCAGCACCUCUAGCGCAUCACACAAGGGCCUUGCUCUUUCUCUACCUGGCUCUGGACCUGAUCCCUCAGACCUCUUUCACGAGCUCUCUCAGUCUCUUCACGGCUUGGCGGCCCCCUCUGCUGGUCAAUCAAAUGGACACGCAAAGACCAUCUUCGACAACGGCGUCGGCAUAGUCAAAAGCCUGCCAAGUGCACCGGAGCGUCCGAAACCUCUAAGAAUCACAUCCGCCACACAGAUAUUCAUCCCCGGCGCGCCCGCUCCCGCAUCUAUUACGAGUCCCAAUGCCAACUCCGGAACGCCUUCUUUCCCCACAAUCACUGCUUUCCCACCCACUCCCGAAGGCAUUUACCAGAGGUCCAGCUCAAACGACUAUCUUUCUCUUUCCCUGCCGCCGCAAGGCCCCGCCACUCCACCUUCCCAAGAUCUCGUGGCUUCUGGCGAGUUCGACCAAAUGGACAUACAAGACUCGCUGCUCUUGCCGGAUGACUCCUGGAUCGCGAUCGUCUGUGGCGUCUCUGACACGAAAGGCUGGGGUUCGAGAAGCGUGACGCCGGUCAACAUGAGUCGUUCGUCGAGUUCUGAAGGGACGAAACCGAGCGGGAACAGAAACGGAAGUGCAGCUGCUGGAGUGGCGAGUGAGUAUUUGAUGCCGCCACAGCCGGCGGUGGGUGACGACGAAGAGGACGGGUUACCGGCGGGGUUUUAUAUCGCGCCGAAGAACAUAUAUAUGCCAGAUCUGAUGGCUGUAGGGGAUGUGCUCUUGGGAAAACUGGGAUACGGUGCUGUCUCAGAAUGCACCGAGUCUUGCACUCCGUUCAUUUACGUCUCCCGUCCUCUCUUCAUCGAAGAACACGGCCUCCGUCUGCUCCUCGACCACGAAGGCGUUGGAAUCGAGAUGAAGCGUGAAGAGUACGAAGCAGGAGACUGGGCGGGUAAAGUUUCCGAAGCUUGGGACAGGGGUGGACAGAGGAAGAUUGAGAGGAGGAUGGGAAAACACGCUGUCGAUAGAGUUGGACAGACGAGGGAGAUGGCGGAAUAUGUGGUGGAAUGGACUAGGAAAUGGGGUGUGACGGACGAGGCGUAGAAGAGUGGCGAUGUUUUGCAGUACUCUUGGGACUUUAUGGAUUGGUUCAGGACUUUGGUGUGUUCGUAUGGAUGGACAUGU